GAGUCUCCCCUCUGCGGUCGCCGCUCAUUUGUCUUGGAAUCAAAUUUCGCGCCGUCGAGCGCGGUCGAGUGGGCCGGGUCCUAACGUGUUGGUGGCUGUCAGAUUUAACCGUUUGUGUAGUGUCAUGGGUUUCACCUUCGAUUUGUUCAAUCAGGUCAAACGUCAACGAUAGCCGAUUGCACUAGGCGUUGAGCAGUGUCGUGGAAGGAGGCGACAUUCUUACAAUGGGCGAGUUCGAAGAUUGUUCCCAACAGGCGACCCAGCCCUCUAAUCUAGACGCCAGCCUGUUGGAGGACGCGGAUGAGACGAUUGUCUUCAGUGAACAAUACUGGGGACGUCUAUACCCCGCCCUCCCAAACGUCCAAGCCCAUGACCUAACGAAAGACGAGACCCUUGUGGGAAAGCAAAAAUCAUGUGAUAUCACCCUCAAACCCAAUGAGGUUCCUAGUCAUGUUUGGGUUGUUGCCAGUAGACGGCAAUUCUCUAUUUUGAAAGUUCAAGUAGAGAAGUUUGGGAAGUGCAGCACUGAAGUAAGAUUGAAGGACAUGAGCAUGAACGGGACAUUCAUUAAUGGUAGCCUUGUGGGCAAAGGAAAGACCAAAGUUUUGAGUGAUAAUAAUAUUAUUGCUUUGGGCAAACCUCACAACAAUGUGUAUUAUUUUAAGGAUGCUUCUGUGAUCAAUUCUAAACACCCUCCCUCAAUACGGAGGCAUUACGAUGCUGCUAUUCAACUGGGCACAGGAGCUUACGGUGAAGUAACACUUAUGUUUUGCAAGAAAUCUCGCAAGGGGUAUGCAAUGAAAUCAAUUUUGAAAGGAAACCACACCAGCAAAAAAAAGGUAGACUCUGAAAUGGAACGGCUGGAAAAUGAAGUUAAAAUUCUUCAAAGAAUUAAACAUCCCAAUGUCAUUCAGCUUGUUCAUCAUGUAACUCACCUAUCCGAAAAGUAUUUAUUUCUAGAGCUGAUGUAUGGAAAGGACUUAUUUUCUCGAAUCACAAAUAGUAAACGACUGACUGAGAGCCAAGCCAAGCUUUACUUUUACCAAAUUGCAUCUGGAGUACAGUAUCUACAUCAAAAUGAAAUAAUUCACAGAGAUCUAAAGCCUGAGAAUGUCUUGAUGGCAACUGAUGACGUUGAAACAGUAGUAAAAAUUACAGACUUUGGACUGUCUAAGGUAUUACACUCCAACACAAAUUUGCGGAGUCUGUGUGGUACCAAGCUUUACGUAGCGCCCGAGGUCCUUGAGGGUGGUGGGACCAGAGUCUACACCGGAAAAGUAGAUGUGUGGUCAAUGGGUGUCAUCCUUUACGUUUGCCUGUCUGGACAGACACCGUUCAGUGCUGAGAAAAAUGGGCCACCUAUGGAUGACCUGAUAAAAAGAGGCCACUACUCUAUGCCACACAAGUAUUGGGAAUGUGUGUCUACCCCUGCCAUGGAAAUUGUCAAAAGAAUGAUGACUCUGGAUGUUAGUGAUCGAAUCACUCUUUCUGACAUUUUUGCCCACCCGUGGUUGCAGGAUCCUGAACUGCAUAAAACUAUUGAGAGACUCCUUCCAAGAUCUGACCCACCCUCAGGUAAACGUGGUGCAGCCAAAAUGUCAUCUCAAGAUAAAGAAAAUCUGCCCACUGUGGUCGAUGUGGAUGAGAUAACCAGUAGCCCUGUUUCUGCUGCUGUACUGAUGUCACCUCCACCACUUUCUCCCCGUAGAAAGAGGAGAAAGUGCACUACCUAAAACAUUUUGACCAGCAGGUUUGAACUUGUUGAGACAAGCAAGAUUCCAGUGCCUUGUGCUAGUGCUGCCAAAUGCCGGCCGACUCUCGUUCUGCUUCGCGUUUCGCGCCCGUCGACUGAUGCAUACAAAUGCACGCAAAAGACAACAGAAGCUUAAAGUUGUUUUCUUUCUUUCAAAGCGUGUCAAAGUAUUUCUGAGGAGCAUUUCCGCCAAACUGUAAUUUGCCUCGUUUUAGCCCGGCGGCCAUGGUCGGACGUGGAUUGUUUCCACCCCUUUGCUUUGCAUCUUAACCCAUGAUUAAAGGGUUUGUUUGGUUUUGAAAAUUACUGAGUUUGUUUGAAAACUAUUGAGUUUGUGUAAUGUUGAUUUGACCAAGGUGUUUUCUAAAAUUUUCUUAAAUGCUUUUCUAAUUUGUUCUUUUCUUGAAAAUGAAGAAUUUUCAUUGAUAAAGGGCCAGCAAGGACUACAAAGCAAUUUUUUGUUUUUCAUUUAAAAAGUUGUUUGUGAGAUUUUUUCAGUUAUUUUCUCCACAUGGUGUUGUCUAUUUUCACACUCAUUAUUUUUGUAUUUUGCUCUAGAAAUGAUUGGUCUUUUUUUCAAUUGGUUUUGAAUUCUGAAAGCAGGUAUCCAUCAUGUGUGUUUUCAUGUGUCUUGACUAAUCACUCACAAGCAUGCUAGCGAGUAUGGGUUGAUUUGUGUUAUAAUUGUUUGUGAAUGUACUAGCAUCCAUCUGACAUGUGAUUAGAAAAUGUGCUUUGACUAAUGAUUCACGCAUGGGUUGUUGAUAAAACUCACUAUUUAUCUUCAAA